GACGCGCUCGACGCUGUUGUCACAGGCAUGUCAGGCAUCGCCCCAAUGUGCCCCCUCCACAACGUGUGGAGCGCAUCACGGGGAUUAGGCUAUAUCCAGGCGCGCACGGUCGGUCACAUGACCUUCCAAAGGGUCUCUGCUGCCGCUAGACGCAGGGCGAGCCCUAUCGAUCUAGCGGGGGCCCCGUCGCAAAGACAGCUGCAUCAAUCUAGCCUCCUAACGCCACCACUACCAUAAUGGCGCCCCAAUCGUUUCGCCAGAUGGCCGGCAUCCCCGCCUCGUCUGUCUCCGCAUCGUCGGACAGCACCGCGCUCCUCGUCAUCGACGCGCAGACGUCGUACGCGCAGGGCGCUCCCCUCGCCAUCUCGGGCGUCGAUGCAGCCCAGGCUCAGAUCGCCAAGCUGGUUUCGGUCUUUCGCAAGGCGGGCCGAGCGGGACAGAUUUUCUGGAUCCAGCACUCGGCGGGGGUGGGAGCGCCCGUGUUCGAUCCAGAAAGGAGCGAGUUGUUUGACUUCAUGGGCGGUGACGACAACCUGCGGCCCAAAGACGGCGAAACGAUCAUCGUCAAGAAGGCGCCCAGCUGCUUCACCGGCACGGAUCUGCACGAGCUUCUGCAAAAGCAGGGAACCAAGCAGCUUGUCCUGACUGGCUACAUGGCGCACGUCUGCGUGACCGGCACCGCGCGCUCGUCGAUGGAGCACGGGUACGACACUGUCGUGGUGCGCGACGCAAUCGGCGAUCGCGACAUCCCGUCCUGGAAGGACACUGCGGAAACGGUGCGUGCGGAGACACUCGUCGACACCGUCUGCACGGAGCUGGGCGACUUCUUUGCCACCAUCGUCAAAACCGCCGACGUCAAGGCCUAGGAGAUUGCCCCUGCCACGUCAUCACCGGUCCGUCGGGUUCCGACAGCAAAGUGUUAUAUUGUGAUCAUCGGAAUAUGUCAGAACUUGUCUCUCUUGCCGCUCUUUACUGUCUCCUCGUCGUGGAAAGAUCACGUGCGCUGGCGAUGAAAGAUCAUGUAGGCU